AUGGCGGAUCUCAACGACGAGGGGAACACCGACUACACAAAAUGGAGUAAUUCCAGCCUGAUCGAUCGAAUUACCGAGUUGGAGCGCCAACUUUACUCUCAUACUACGAAAUUUGCUUCCCCAGCGCCCGCAGCGCCGGCAGAAUCAUCAAACACACCUUUGGCACCCAUUUCUACAGAUGUGCAUGAACCGGCGAUUCCGCUGCCAGAGGCCUCACUCAAUCCCUCCAAGAAGCGGGCGUAUUCGCCUCAGACCAAUAUCACGCAAACGCCUGGAGCUUCUCGCCAAUUGAAGGAAGAUCGCGGAUUUGAUGCGUCGAAAUAUUCUACACGGUUUAUUGCGCUCAAGUUCGCCUACCUUGGUCAGCGGUACAAUGGGCUCGAACAUACCAAUGGAAAUGUAACGCCUCUUCCUACUAUCGAGGAAAUGAUAUGGAAGGCAAUGCGUCGGACUCGUUUGCUCUCGCCGGAGGUCACUUCUGCAGACGAACCAGAUGAUCAGCCGAGAGCGCUGCGGCCGUACUCCCUUCACUGGGAUGGGUGUGACUACUCCAAGGCCGGGCGCACGGAUCGUGGCGUCAGCGCUUUUGGUCAGGUUAUCGGUGUGCGAGUUCGCAGUGCACGACCGAUGCCGAAAACCAAGGCUCCCAUAGAUGAAGCGGCGGAUCUUGAAGAUGGCAUUGCGAUGCAGAUUGAGGAACCUGUCAAUCAGGACUGGGAUGAUAUUUCUGAUGAGCUACCCUAUAUACAGAUCCUUAACAGGGUUCUUCCUGAGGACAUCAGAGUACUAGCUUGGUGUCCAAACCCUCCUCCUGGCUUUAAUGCCCGUUUCUCCUGCCGCGAGCGAAGGUAUCGCUACUUCUUCACUCAGCCUGCAUUCUCUCCAACUCCUGGGCCAUUUGGGUUUGAGGACCGCAUUCAAGGAGGCAAAGGACCGCGUGCCAAAGUGCGUGAGGGAUGGCUAGACAUUGAAGCUAUGCGCGAGGCCGCUAAACACUUUGAAGGAACUCAUGAUUUCCGCAACUUCUGCAAGUUGGACACCAGCAAGCAAAUUGAGAACUUUGAACGCAUAAUAUUUCGCUCUGAUAUCGAACUUGUCGACCGCAAGACCAACCCUGUCGGUUACAUAGGUCGACCGGGAUUUCAGAUGCAUGAAGACCGAACUCCAGAUGUGGACAUGUCAAACUCAGAGCCCCCAUCAGAGUCUAUCCCACAAGUUUAUACAUUCACCCUCAACGGCUCUGCUUUCCUGUGGCACCAGGUUAGGCACAUGGUAGCUGUUCUCUUCUUAGUAGGACAAGGCCUCGAAUCUCCGUCUAUUGUUGCCGAAUUGUUAGAUGUCAAAAAGAAUCCGCGAAAGCCAACAUAUGAGAUGGCUUCGGAUGCACCACUGGUGCUCUGGGAUACGAUAUUUCCUGAUGAGAACUCUGAUAGCCGAGAAGAUGCCAUGAACUGGGUUUAUGCUGGUGACCCACGUCUUAACAAGACCCAGAGUGCCAAGACUGACAGCAAGUAUGGCAUGAGAGGUGUCAUUGACGGCCUGUGGUCGGUAUGGAGACAGCGCAAAAUUGAUGAAAUCUUGGCUGGCGCCCUGUUGGAUUUGGCUGCGAGCCAGGGCGACCAGAGCCUGGUGCAAAAUAUGGAUGGAAAACAGGGUACAUCCAAGAAACAGAGCAGAGGUGCCAAGGUCUGGCUUGGAGCCAAUGAUGCGCGAGUUGGUGGCCAAUAUGUACCCGUCUCUCACAAGUCAAAAAUGCAAUCUGUAGAGGACCAGAAUGCCAAGUGGCUGGUAUCGAGACAGCGCAAGUUGGUUAGGGAGCAAGAAGCAGCCAAGAAUGCGGCAGAGUGA